ACAAGUGUGACUCAUGCGAAACAGGCGGGCUUACUUGAGGUACGGUGUAUUUCUAUCGAUGAGCGUUAACCGAGCAGUCAAUUUGUGCGGACUAUAAUGCGGGAGAGCUGGUCGCCGCUGUGGCCCAUUUUAGUUCAGCACAACAUUGUCACACGUGUCACGUUGCUUUGAACUCAUCCUUCGACCAUGACCGCCAUGGCUCUGACACUGUAUUAUUGCAUAAAGCAUGAAAGAUGCACGCCUAAUGAACUAGAAGUUGAACCUUCGACAACUUUAUUCAUAUUAUAUCGACUUGAUCAGCCUGCCAAUCUGAGCAUAUUACCUGAGGAGAGUCUACUCCAACGGACCACAGAGAGCUUGGAGUCUUUGGAGCCUCUUGAACCAGCCGAUGCGGUCCAGGAUGUCAUCACGGAAGAUGCGUUGGACAAGGACAAAAAGUUGAUUCAUCUCGUGGUUGUCCAUCGUACAGCUGCCAUAUCUAUUCUGGCCAAACGGCCGAGCCUUUCAGUGCAGGACAAGAAUUCGCCUCCGAAGCGCAUGAGGAUGCAGAAGGUUGCUUCCAUACCUCCAUUUACAGUUGCAAGGAUCAGUGUGCUUGCAUCCAUACAAAACGACUCGGAAGAUCGUGUGCUUAAUGAUCGUCCGAAGACCAACAUGGACAUUGCGCCCAUAGCCCUGCUAUAUGAGGGAUUUGGUCAGUUCCAGGACGAAUUUUCUGCUUGCGAAGGGCCCUUCCAGUUGGAUAUCACCAGAACUGUCAACUUGAUCAACUUGAUGACAAAAUUUGCAGAUGCGAUGUGCACAUCCUAUGCAACGGAGGAUGAGCGGUGCACAAAAGCGCUUCCGCUCCUCAACGAGAUUUCAAGUAUCGUUGUGGACGACAUUUGUCCCUCCGAAAUUCCUCGAUGCAAUGCAUGCACGGACGGAUAUUCCGUAUCGGCUACCGGAGCCUGCGAUUUGGUCGUCGAGUUCAGGCGAGAUGGAGAUAGCGGAAGCGAUGCUGUUGCGCAAGGCGUUUCGUAUUUGGCUCAUCGUCACAGGGAUACCGUUGAGAAAAAUGUGGCUAAUGAGCAUGUGUACGAUGAAUGGAGGGUUCCCGCUCUUCUGAUCACCGUUGUAGGGGCCACGAUCUCAUUUCAUGGGCUCGUCGUCCUAGGCAAUCAUCGCAUCGUCCCUCUCACGCCCAAGCUGACUCUGACAAAUCCUAAUGUGGAACCUGAAUUUCGGCAGCAAGUUAUCCGCGCGUUCAUGGCUGCCGUGAAAGUGCGCCGUCGAAUACGCGACGACACUGAGACUAUGCUGCGCGAGGCCGACCGUCUUCCUGUGCUCACGUUAGAGCAGAUGCGGUUUCCGAACAUCAGCUCCGUCACUACCGCCCAACACGGAUCUCAAGCACGAACAGACUUUACCAUCAAGAAAUCUCUUCCUCCCUCCCACAAUCGCUUCCUCUACUGCGCUAAGACACCUGAGGGGUCGGAUAUUCUUGUGAAGUGCACUCUUCGAUACUCUCGAGAGCUGUACGAAUUCUGCGCAGAGAGGGAGCAUGCCCCUAAGCUGUUAGGGUUCGAAAGGAUCCCUGGCGGCUGGUUCAUCGUUGCUAUGGAACUCGUUAAAGGCGAGCUUCUGUGCAUCAGGGACACUUACAGGUCGGAGUGGAAGGCCGGUCUGGAGGGCGUUGUAAAUCAGUUUCAUGACGCAGGCAUGGUCCAUGGCGACCUUCGGGACGUCAAUCUGCUCAUAUCCGACACAAACGAAACGAAAGCGAUCAUCCUGGACUUCGAUUGGGGAGGAAAGGCAGGCGAGGUUUAUUAUCCCCUCUGCGAACCUUCAAGCGGAUAUCGGCUUGACCGGCAUGCGGUCCUUGGCGAUUACCGUCGACGAUGA